AUGCGGCUCCAAGUAAGGAGGCUGUGUCUGCUGCUCUUCCUGCUGUGGGUCCCGGGGGAGCCGAUGGAGAACUCAGACUUCUACCUGGCCGGGGACUUCCUCCUGGGUGGACUCUUCACCCUCCACGCCAACAUGAAGAGCACUUCCCCUGUUGACAACCUGCAGGUGCCCACCUGCAGGAAGUUUACUAUGAAGGUGGUGGGCUACAACCUCAUGCAGGCCAUGCGCUUUGCGGUGGAGGAGAUCAACAACCUCAGCAGCCUGCUGCCCGGUGUGCGGCUGGGCUACGAGAUCGUGGACAUCUGCUACAUGUUCAACAACAUCCAGCCUGUGCUCUACCUGCUGGCCCAGGAGGACUACUUCCUGCCCAUCCUCAAGAACUAUGACCGCUACGUCCCGCGGGUGGUGGCCAUCAUCGGCCCCGACAACUCUGAGGCUGCCAAGACAGUGGCUAACUUCCUCUCCAUGCUUCUCCUUCCACACGUCAGCUACAGCGCCAUCACGGAGGAGCUGCGGGACAAGACGCGCUACCCGGCCACGCUGCGCUCGAUCCCCAGCGCCACGCACCACAUCGAGGCCAUGGUGCAGCUGAUGCUCCACUUCCGCUGGAACUGGAUCGUGGUGCUGACAAGCAACGACGACUACGGGCGCGAGAACAGCCAGCUGCUGACCCAGCGGCUGGCCCGCGGCGGCGACAUCUGCGUGGCCUUCCAGGAGGUGCUGCCCGCGCCCGCGUGCGCGCCGCGGCUGGACGCCGUCCUGGACAAGCUGCGGCGGUCCACGGCGCGCGUGGUGGUGGUCUUCUCGCCCGAGGUGGCCCUGCACGACUUCUUCCGGGCCGUGCUGCGCGCCCGCCUCACCGGGGCCGUGUGGAUCGCCUCCGAGUCCUGGGCCAUCGACCCGGAGCUGCACGGCCUGGACGGCCUGCGCCGCUGCGGCACCUUCCUGGGCGUCACCAUCCGCGGCGUGCCGGUGCCGGGCGAGUGCGACACCUGCCCCUGGAAGACGGCCUCCUACGGAGACGUCCUCACGCUCUCCGGGGAGCGCGUGGUGUUCAGCGUGUACGCCGCCGUCUACGCCGUGGCCCACGCCCUGCACCGGCUGCUGGGCUGCAACCGGACCGCGUGCGCCCCGGGGCCCGUGCGCCCCUGGCAGCUCCUCAGAGAGUUGUGGGAUGUCAACUUCACCCUCCUGAACAGCCAGAUCUUCUUCGACCAGCAAGGCGACAUGCCCCUGUACCUGGACAUCAUCCAGUGGCAAUGGGACCUGAGCCAGAAUCCUUUCAAGAGCGUGGCCUUGUACUCUCCCAGGCAGCAGCAGCUGGUGCCCAUUGGCAACGUCUCCUGGCACACAGGCGACAACAGUGUCCCUGUGUCUAUGUGUUCCAAAAGCUGCCUGCCUGGGCAGAAGAAGAAGGCCAUAGGCCUCCACCCCUGCUGCUUCGAGUGCCACGACUGCCCACCCGGCACCUUUUACAACCAAACAGCAGAUGAAUUUGACUGCCAGCCCUGCCCGAGCACCAUGUGGUCUCGCGGGAACGCCGCCUCCUGCUUCAGGCGGCGGCUGGCUUUCCUGCAAUGGCACGAGGCAUCCACCAUCAUCGUGGUGCUGCUGGCCGCCCUGGGCUUCUUCAGCACGCUGGCCAUCCUGGUGGUGUUCUGGAGGCACUUCCGGACGCCCAUGGUACGCUCGGCAGGGGGCCCCAUGUGCUUCGUGAUGCUGGCGCCGCUGCUGCUGGCCUUUGGCAUGGUGCCCGUGUACGUGGGGCCGCCCACCGUCUUCACGUGCCUCUGGCGCCAGGCCUUCUUCACCCUCUGCUUCACCGUCUGCAUCUCCUGCGUGGCCGUGCGCUCCUUCCAGAUCGUCUGUAUCUUCCAGAUGGCCAGCCGCCUCCCUCGGGCCUACGGCCUCUGGGUCCGCUGCCACGGGGCCUAUGUGUCUGUGGCGUUCAUGACGGCCAUCAAGGCGGCCCUGGUGGCGGGCAAUAUGCUGGCAGCCCCCACCAUCGACCCCACGAGCCACACCGAUCCCGAGGACCCCAGCGUCACCAUCGUCUCCUGUCACCCCAACUACCGCCUGGGCCUUCUGUUGAACACCAGCAUGGACGUGCUUCUCUCCGUGGUGGGCUUCAGCUUCGCCUACAUGGGCAAGGGGCUGCCCAUGAGCUACAACGAAGCCAAGUUCAUUACCUUCUGCAUGGCCUUCUCCUUCACCACCUCCGUCUCGCUCUGCACCUUCAUGGCUGUCCACAAUGGGGUGCUGGUCACCAUCCUGGACCUCCUGGUGACGGUACUCAACUUCCUGGCCAUCAGCCUGGGGUACUUCGGCCCCAAAUGCUACCUGAUCCUCUUCUACCCGGAACGCAACACGCCCGCCUACUUCAACAGCAUGAUCCAGGGCUACACCAUGAGGAUGGACUAG